GGUAAAUGUUUGAGACAUUUGCGGAUUUAAAAAAUUGAAAUAGUAUAAUUAUUUUCGCCAACUUAAUAAGUCUCUCACGUGGUCGUGAGUUAUGACAAAGAACAGCUGAUGAAAAUCUGUAAACACAUGUGCGCUGCAGGCAGACGACAUUUCUCGUCACAUAAACUAGCCGGUAGACGAUGAACUAUAACCGAUAAAUUAUUUUGUCAGAAAUGUUUUUUAAUCUGUGUAGAAGUUUUGCAACUCGCAUUUUUGCAAAACGAGUGGUACCAAAAUUUAGUAAGACCAAAGAUAAGUCCACGAAGAAAAAUAAAAGACCCCGAAAAAAAAUACCAAAAAAAUUUAAAUUAAAAGAUUUACCUGUCUAUGACUUUGCAAAAACUAAGAAAAGUGAUCACAGAGUCUAUGCUUGGGGUUUACAUGAGCAUGGAGCUCUAGGCACUGUCAAAAGACUAACUUAUGCUGAAAAUAACAUAAGUUACUGCAGCAAACCACACAGAUUAACUUUUGGAGAAUACUGCAAGGUAACAGACGUAGUGUGUGGUUAUGGAUUUACAGCAUUUGCUGUAAAAUCCAAUGAUAACAGAAUUCUUUAUGGAAGCGGUAUCAAUACAGACUCUCAACUGGGGUAUCAUCCUACAGAUGAAAAGUUAAAAAUACCCAUUGUUGUCAAACCUAGACCAAUAUUCCUUCCACUUAAGGGAAAAACUGCUAAAGUCUUAGGCUUGGCUGCAGGAAGAGCACAUUUACUUGUAUUGACAGACGAAGGUGUUUAUGCUUUAGGACACAAUGGUUAUGGACAGUGUGGCAGGCCUAUUAUAGAAGAUGAAGAAUAUUUAAAAAGUAAAGCUGUAAAUUAUAUACCAAAUAUUAAAGGAUGUAGCAUCAAAUCUGUAUCUGCUGGACAAGAUCACAGCAUGCUAUUGACAGACAAUGGAGAAGUGUAUACUUUUGGUUGGGGAGCAGAUGGACAAACUGGACUGGCACAUUAUCGUAAUGAAUAUAGACCAUCAUUGGUAAAAGGAGAUUUAUCCGGAGAAAAAAUAAUUAAAGUUACUUCUGCAGCUGACUGCGUACUUGCACUAUCUGAUAAGGGAAAAGUGUUUGGAUGGGGUAAUGCAGAAUAUUCUCAGUUGCCUUGUGGAGACAAUCAACAAAUUAAUAUAGCUACAGAAUUAAAAUUCUGUGAAGAGCUUGGCUCGAUAAAAGAUAUAGCUUCUGGUGGUAGUUUUUGCAUGGUGUUAAACGAUGAAGGAGAAGUAUAUGUUUGGGGAUUUGGUCUCUUGGGUCUUGGACCCAAGGCCAACAGAGUACUCAAGCCUACCAUGAUACCAAAACCAUUAUUUGGAAUUAACGCCUAUGAACCAGAUAUCAAAGUUGAGAAAAUAUUUUGUGGCAUUAGUCAUCUGGGGGCUAUUACAAAUCAAGGACAUCUGUUCAUGUGGGGCCGCAACAGAUACGGUGCCUUGGGGCUUGGUCACAGGGACGACCAAUAUUUUCCUUUCAAAGUUGGCAUCGGAGCUGCGGUGAAAAAAAUAUCUUGUGGAGUGGACCAUACAGUAUCAAUAUGUCAACCAUUUGCAUAGAAAAAAA